AAACAGGAGGCUUUCGGCACGGGUUGCGUUACAUUACAGUCUCCUUCAGUUCGCCCUCCAACCGGCCAGUCCCACUACAUUGCCUCAGCGCUGCCAAGAAGCUCACCAGGCUUACUUUAACAAACUCACGCCAAGCACUUUAAUAGUUUCUUUUUAGAUAAAAUGGCUGUUCCCCCAGCAUAUGCUGAUCUUGGCAAAUCUGCCAAAGACAUUUUCAACAAAGGAUAUGGCUUUGGUAUGGUGAAGCUUGAUGUCAAGACAAAAUCAACUAGUGGAGUGGAAUUUAAGACCUCUGGUUCCUCCAACACUGACACCAGCAAAGUGGUGGGAAGCCUGGAAACCAAAUACAAGAGACCUGAGUAUGGUCUGACCUUUACAGAGAAGUGGAAUACUGACAACACUUUGGGCACAGAGAUCACCGUUGAAGACCAGAUUGCAAAGGGACUGAAGCUGACCUUUGACACAACCUUCUCACCAAACACAGGAAAAAAGAGUGGAAAAGUCAAGACUGCUUACAAACAUGAGUAUGUCAACCUGGGCUGUGAUGUUGACUUUGAUUUUGCUGGCCCAACCAUCCACGGAGCUGCAGUGGUUGGCUAUGAGGGAUGGCUUGCUGGUUACCAGAUGUCCUUUGACACUGCUAAGUCCAAGAUGACCCAGAACAACUUUGCUGUAGGCUACAAAACCGGCGACUUCCAACUGCACACCAACGUUAAUGAUGGCUCUGAAUUUGGUGGCUCCAUCUACCAGAAAGUGAGUGAUAAGCUGGAGACAGCAGUAAAUCUUGCCUGGACAGCAGGUAGCAACAGCACACGCUUCGGCAUUGCUGCAAAAUACCAGCUGGACAAAGAUGCCUCCAUCUGUGCUAAAGUGAACAAUACCAGCCUUGUUGGUGUUGGCUAUACUCAGACUCUGAGACCAGGUAUUAAGUUGACCCUGUCUGCCCUGGUUGAUGGAAAGAGUGUCAAUUCCGGUGGCCAUAAGCUGGGCUUGGGUCUGGAGCUGGAGGCCUAAACCUGCUCCUGCUUAACGUCAGGGACAAGGGAAUAUCAGAGAAAUCUGACCUUAAAUCUAACUCCAACAGCAACCAGCAAGGGAAUUCAGGAUGGGAUUGGAUAGGAUGUGUUCCAAGGCUACAUCUAAAGCAGUCGUUUUCCGCAGCCGUUUCAUGGCAUUUCUUUUUUACCCCUCCUGGUCGUAAUGUCCUUUUUGUUUGUAGUUGUUGUCUCAUAGACAUUCACAUUGGGUCAGCUACAAAUUUUCUGUCUCCAGCACUGCCACAGUAAUGAAAAUUCUCCCUGGGACUGAGGGCAUCUGUGGUCUAUUGCGGUCCCUUUUCAGUAACGUUGCAGUGGAUUUGGGGUGGGUUUGUGGCAAAACUAUGUGUCUGAUUUCAUCAUUUGUAUUUGUAUCUGAUAUUCCUUAGUCAUCUGAAUGCAACUCAUGAUUAACUCCUUAUUAAAGCUUAUACCUGAUAUUAUUUAAA